GACGAAAACGGGUCAGUAGAGACAGCACUUUUAUCUAUAGAUGGCGAACAAACAUUAAGUUUUGUCGCUUCGUGGAUUGGUACGAUACAAUGGAUAGGCGAAAGCGAAAUACGCAAAGACCAUAAACGAAAGAAUUGGUUUAUUGGCAUUUUUGUAGUGGAAAGUGCUGAUAAUGUUGAAGUUAAGGAUACGGAUAUUUCCUAUCAAGCUAUGCGUAGUUCAGGUGCAGGAGGACAACAUGUCAAUAAGGUCAGUUCUGCGAUCCGAGCAACUCACCUUACUACGGGAAUACAAGUGGUAGCCAUGGAUAGCCGCUCACAACAUCAGAACAAAAAAUUGGCUUACGAACGUCUCUUAGUGAAAAUCCGUGAGAAACAUUUGGAAUCCUUAAAAACCAAUGAAUUGACUCAAUGGAAAAACCAAAUGCAGAUAGAGCGUGGCAAUCCAGCCUUAGAUGCCUAUCCGUACAACCUAGAAGAAGCCAUAGAAUCUCUCGAUUAUGCUUUAUCUGGUGACAACAACAACGCUGCAACACUCUGUCUAUAUGGCAGGGUGUAUGCAGAACAGUUGCAAGAUUAUGCCACUGCAAAAACAUAUUUCCAAGAUGCAUUAGCAGCAGAUAUCAAGGCUGUU